AUGACGAACGUCUGGUGGGAGGCUGAAAGGAUUGCGCAGGGACAGCAACGUCUUCAGGCAUGUCUGACCUGGGAAGCAAUCAAAAAGAUCGAACGGAAGUUUGUAGAAAAAGAGAAGCAGGGUCAGAGACUGUACGCUCAUUUGCAACGAAAUUGUGCAAAACGGACGGCAGAACUCGAGUAUAUGUGCGGCCAUAAAAGACAGCAAAUGGUGGAUGCGUAUACACAACUCGAUAAAGGUUUAGAAACAUUUCCCCCUGCUUUUGAAAUAUUAAACAUUGUUAACGAAAGAAGCUGGCCGAUGACAACGCCUGGCAUCGCCAAUAAGGAUAAAGCCUCGUCAUUAAGUAGUUGCUUGAAUAUUCAGUAA